AUGGCCUUGUAUGAGGAAGAGGGUGAGGAUGAAGACAAAGAGAAGUGUAUUGUAUGGUUUGAUGGUGCGUCUAAUAUAUUGGGACAUGGAAUUGGGGCAGUGUUUGUUUCGCCAGAUAAACAAUGUUUGUCUUUCAUGGCUAGAUUGUGUUUAGAUUGUACAAAUAAUAUGGCGGAGUAUAUCAUGGCCUUAUUUGAGGAAAAGGGUGAGGAUGAAGACAAAGAGAAGUGGAUUCUAUGGAGUGAAUGGGAAACCAGAGACCAUAAGUUGAUACCUUGUCAGGCUUACAUCAAGGAAUUGAUGAAGCUCUUCAAUGAUAUAUCAUUUCAUCACAUUCCUAGAGAGGAAAACCAAAUGGCUGAUGCUUUUGCUACUCUCUCGUCCAUGUUCAAAAUAAGCCCUCAUAGAAACUUAUCGUGCAUAGAAAUCAAAUGUCACAUUAAGGCUGCACACUGUUGUUUGAUAGAAGAAGAGAAGGAUGGUAAGCCUUGGUAUUUUAAUAUCAAACGAUACAUCAAGGACAAGGAGUACCCGCCUGGGGCCUCUGACAAUGACAAGAGGAUGUUACAGAGGUUGGCGGCUAGUUUCCUUCUAAAUGGGGACGUCCUAUAUAAAAGAAACCGUGAUAUGGUAUUGCUCUGGUGUGUGAAUGCAAACAAGGCCGAGCAGAUACUAACGGAGGUGCAUGAAGGAUUCUUUGGCACCCAUACCAAUCGACAUGCCAUGGGCCGAAAGAUUCUGAGAGCUGGGUAUUACUAG